AUGUCUUUAAUCAAAAUAGUAGUGCAAUCUGACGCAAGACAUGAGCAUUCGCUUUCAUCCAAUAAUAAUGUGGACCAGCCAAACAGAUUUGAUCCGUCGACCCAUACAGUCCACCUUUUGAUAGGUCGAAGAGCAACAGGCGAUCGGCGGCAAGUUGUCAAUAGCAUAGCAUUCUUAGAAGCAUUUCAAAGAGACUUUGGUGAGCGAUGUCCGACAUUCUAUCGUGGCAGUUAUAAACAGGCUGUCAAUUCUGCUAAAGAAGGUUUACAAUUUCUCCUCGUUUAUAUCCAUAGUCGAAUGCAUCAAGAUACUGACACGUUUUGCAGAGAGGUACUAUGUAAUGAGCAGUUUGUAGAGUUUAUUAAUAAUAACCAAGUCCUUACUUGGGGUGGUGAUGUUGAUACCUACGAAGGAUACAGAGAGGCUUGUGAAGCUUUAAGACCUGCUACCUUUCCCUUUCUUGCCGUUAUUUCACAGAGGGACAAUAAAAUGGUUGUCGUUAAAAGAAUUGAGGGAUUGCUGGAAUUGGAUGAGGUUGUAGCUAUGCUAAAACAAACUUUUGAAGACAAUGAACCUUAUCUGGUGGUUGCACGGGAUGAAAGAAAUCAACGAAUUACAAAUCAGUUGUUGAGAGAACAGCAGGAUGCCGCUUAUCAAGAAUCUUUAAGAGCUGAUCAAGAGAAGGAACGUAUAAAAAGGGCAGAAUCUGAACGGUUAGAGAAAGAGAGAGAAGAAGAAAAUAGAAAAGCUAAGGAAGCUGAAGAAAAAUUAGAGCGUUACAAAUCGGAGCGUAUCAUGAGAGCUAACAGGGUACCCGCUGAACCGACAGUAGAUGAUCCUAAUGCCGUUAGAAUAAUAAUAAAAUUUCCUUCAGGGUCUCGUCUUGAACGAAGAUUUUCUACUAAGGAUACUCUAGAGACAUUAUACGACUACAUCCACAAGUCGGAUGAAGUUCCUAUGGAAUUUGUAAUUGUUACCAAUUUUCCGCGUAAGACUCUUACAUAUGAUCCCGACUCUACAAAUAUCCCUACUCUAGAGGAAUUGGGUAUCACUAGGCCAUCAAUGUUAUUUAUUCAAGAUGAAACUGAUGAUUAG